UGUUCCCUAGCCCUAUUAUUAAUUUCUUUUUUCUCUAAAAUUUAUUUCACCUUCACUCCUAAAAUUCAAGGUUUUCCACCUUAUUUAUGGUUGAGAAAAUAAUGCUCUACCUACCUACCACUUUGUUUUAAUUGAUUAAAGAUUUUAUUAUUAUAGCUAAACCCUAAGGUCCCUAAGGAGUAAGGAGAGCUCCUCUUAGGAAACUUGAGCAGCAAUUGGAGCUGAGAGCCCGAGACUUGUCUCUCUCUCACGUGCGGUCGGGUCUCCCUUCAAAGAGUUCAAGACUUUUUGGCAAACUCGCCCCUCUCUCUUCAUUUCAAAAGAAAGAAGGGGAAAAUAAAAACAGGGGUGGUGAAGAAAGACGAUAAUGGCGGCGAUGGUGAUUUUUCAGGCCCUUGUUAAAUUUCGUCUUCAACAGCAAAUAGGUAUCAUGGGCUUCUUUUUUUCUUCUUUCAGCAGCGGCAGCGGGCAUAACAAGGUAUGGUUUAAAGACAAGGAUGAUGCUUUAGCAUCCUUCAGGCUCAUGCUUCUUAGGAAACCUCUGCCUUGUAUAGUCGAAUUUAGUAAAUUGUUUUCAUCAAUUGUUAGAAUGGGACAUUAUGAGACCGUGGUUUAUUUGUCCAAAGAAAUAGAAUUUCUAGGAAUCGAACAGGAUAUACAUAGUUUAAGUAUAUUGAUUAAUUGCUUCUGCCAUUUACAUCGCGUUGAUUUUGGGUUGUCUGUUUUGAGCAAAAUCCUUAAGCUUGGGUUGGAACCUAGUAUUGUAACCUUUACUACCUUAUUGAAUGGGCUUUGUAUGGAGGGAAAAAUGGAUCAAGUUAUGAUGUUGUAUGACGAUAUGCUGGUGAGAGGUCUUCAACCCAAUGUAUAUACUUAUAAUGUGAUAAUCAACAGUCUUUCUAAAAGUGGGAAAGCCAAUGAGGCGCUUGGGUUUCUUAAGCAAAUGGAAAAGGUAGGUUGUGUGCCAAAUGUUGUUAAUUACAGUACACUGAUUGAUGGGUAUUGCUUGCGAGGGCAAAUGGAUGAAGCUAGAAGCGUAUUUGAUUUAAUGGUGAGUAAGGGCUGCACGCCUAAUGUUUAUACUUACACUAGUUUGAUGAAUGGAUACUGUAAGAUCGAAAGGAUUGAGGAGGCAGUGCAACUUCUUGAUGAAACGUUGAGAAAAGGUUUAGUUCCUGACAUAGUUACUUUUACUACUAUCAUAAGUGGCUUGUGUCGAGCAGGGAGACCUUUGGCUGCACAACAGCUUUUCAGGUACAUCUGUGCACAUGGCCACACGCCAAAUAUAAUGACUUACGGAGUGUUGCUUGAUGGCCUGUGCAAACAUGGGAAUCUUGAAGAGGCAUUUGCUCUAUUUCAAGAGAUGCAAAGGAGCACUGUGAAACCUAACUUGGUAAUCUACACCAUCCUCAUUGAUAGUUUGUGCAAGUGUGGGAAGAUUAAGGAUGGAAAGGAAUUGUUUUCUAGACUAAUUGACGAAGGAUUGAAGCCUAAUGUUUAUACAUACACUGCAUUAGUUGGUGCACUUUGCAAAGAAGGACUAAUAAUUGAAGCACACAAGCUUUUUAGAAAAAUGGAAGAGGAUGGAUGUACACCUGACAAAUGCGCCUAUAAUGUCAUUAUCCAAGGAUUUCUCCAACACAAGGAUCCAUCAAUGGCAAGGCAACUUGUGGAAGAAAUGGUCAAUCGGGGAUUCUCUGCAGAUGCUGCCACCAGAGCCUUGCUGAAUGAUUUUCCCACUAACGACAUUCCUGCUCUAAAAACUUUAAUAGGGUUUUGUGAGGAUCAUUGAGGUGUUAAAUCUGAAGUUGUUUCAAUUCUAGUUCCUGUUGCGGAAGAAAUUCCGACCAUCUCUAAGCAGACUUGUUGGGAGGAGUUAUCAUUGAUCUCAACCAGCGUGAUAAACUGAUCAGAAAUGGUGUGUAAACAAAGUAGCAAGUGGUUGUCCAAGUGACUAAACCCUGCAUAAAAUGAAUAUGGCGUUUAGUUUCUUGAGCAAUCAUGGGUUUAGCUAUUUAUUGUGCUGAUUGGUAUCAUAUUGAAUUACCUGACCAAGGAUCUCAAUGUUUGCUUGUGGGUAAUACCAAAGGUGGAACAACCUGCAAUGAGAUCAAUAAGCACGUACAUAUGCCUUUCAAUUGUUGUAGUUGAUGUUUUAUUGCGAGAUAGGGUGGCCUUACUUCAUUAUGGGAAUUUCAGCUAGCGGACAGCAGAGGCCUAUGAUGGAAGCCAGGGUGAAUCCAAUCCAUGUUCUGUCCAGGUAAAACCAUAUCAAUUCUGCUAAUGCAAAUAAUAUGUAAGCCUCGAUGUUGUCUGCUAUUCCAGCUCUAUACAUUUCAGCACUCAAUUCGAUGAAUAGCAACAGUGCUCUGUGUUAAACAACAUGUUGGGAGAUGUGCCCUCUGAUCCAAGAACAGUUGCAGCAACCCAACAGAGCAGUAAAACAAUCCAAGCAAGGGAGGAACCUACAGCAUCAAUAAUGCAGAAGAAGUAAAACUGAAAUAAUCUGGGUGGUACUAUUCAUGGACCAGGAAACAACAAAAGUACCAGACAUUACCCAAAUGUUUGUGUGAAGAGGACCGAUGUCGAUUGACCCAUUUUGGUAUACCACGAGAUUCACUCUUGAGUGAAGUCCAUCGAUGAGGGGACCUAAGAAGAACCCUGAACCGAAAAGCGAGAGGGAAAUGGACGGCAAAGUGCUUCUUAGACUACUUGUGCUUCGCUUUCUUAAACUGCUAUGAGGUUUAGAUACAAGAUGUUUUGUAUUGGAAUUGCGAGGGCAACUGUGAAGAAAGCAUGGAGAGCUCCUCAAAGCAAUGAGGCCUUGCAUGUUUUCCUUGGGCCUUCCCGUUUGCCAGCAGGGAAAAAUAUCAAAUGAUUUCUAUAUGCCAUUCACUCUGAGCCACAAAAUGGUUUGGAAAAUUAGAGGAUGUGGUUCUUUCAUCCGGAAAAGAUUAAAGAGGAUACUGAUGUCAAGUCAAUAGAUGUUUUCUUUAGUUAUUUUUUCAAGUAAUAUUAGUUAUGAAAUUUCAAAUAAAUAAAAAUAAAACAACGAUAGAUUGUCAUAUUUCGUCAGAUGUUUUGAACUCCAUUGAAAUUAGUGAAGUCAUGAUGUUGUAAAAGAAUGCUAAUAUAAUCAAAGAGAAUUUUAGUUAUAUGUGCAA